UGAUUUUGAGGAUCAAUCAGACAAAAGUGAUUCAGAAGACAAUCAAGAGAUUACUGAUAACAAAGAGACUCAAUAUGACAAAUACCGAGACAUACAUCCAUUAAAACUAUUAUUUGAUUUUAAUAAUGUCAUCGAUAUGUUUGCCACAUGUUUUAAGCGACGUCCAGAUCUGAUUCGGGCACAGAUAUGGCUAUUGAUACUAUCGAUGGCAUUAUAUAUGUUGACAUAUAUAGGUCCCUAUGUUUUUCUAUACGCUUUUUGCCAAAAAGUCUAUGAGUGGGACUCCAAAACUUAUAGUUAUGGCUGUACUAUAUAUAGUGUGGUACAAGCAUGCGGUACUAUUAUAGUGGCACCUGUACUUAUUAAAAUAUUUCAUUUUAAAGACACAACUUUAGCUAUGGUGGGAUUGUUAUCAUUUUUUGCACAAUAUAUUAUAAUGGGAUUUAUAUUAUCGCCAACGGGCUGGUUCAUAGGCACACCUGUAGGCUCUGUGGGACCGUUAGGUUCGGCUGGUAUUCGGUCACAAUUUUCAAAGAUAGUCGAACCGCACGAAUUGGGAAAAAUAUCGAGUUUGAUGUCAACCAUUGACUCUGUGCUACCAUUUAUCGCAUCAWCUUUUUAUAUAUCAAUAUUUAAGGCAACGAUGGAUACAAUGGCCGGACUGGCAUUUUUUAUAACAAGUGGUCUAUUAAUUAUAUCGUUUGUUAUUAUAYUAUGGAUUCACUUUUUUACGAGUUUACCUAAUUAUGAUACUAAUAAUAAUUCAGAAAAUAAAAUUAAAAAACUCGAUGCUUAA